UCUCUCAAUCAUUUUAUAUUCUUGAAGAGAGUUGAAAAACAUGUCAUCUUCAUCGCAAGCUAUGCUUCAAAGAUCGGAUUCAAUUGCUGACAAAAUGCCUGAUGCAUUGAAACAAAGCCGGUACCACAUGAAGAGAUGUUUUGCCAGCUUUGUUGGAGGAGGAAAGAAGCUAAUGAAGCGUGAGCAUUUGAUGAAUGAGAUAGAGAAAUGUAUAGAAGAUAGCGGUGAACGCAGUAAGAUCCUUGAGGGACUGUUUGGUUACAUUCUCACUUGUACUCAGGAAGCGGCAGUGGUUCCACCGUUUGUUGCAUUAGCUGCAAGGCCAAAUCCUGGUUUCUGGGAAUAUGUUAAAGUGAACUCUGGAGAUUUAACAGUGGAUGAAAUCACAGCCACAGAUUACUUAAAGCUCAAGGAAUCUGUUUUCGAUGAGUCAUGGUCUAAAGAUGAAAAUGCAUUGGAGAUAGACUUUGGAGCGAUUGAUUUCACAAGUCCUCGUCUUAGUCUUUCUUCUUCGAUUGGAAAGGGAGCUGAUUACAUCUCUAAGUUUAUAUCUUCUAAGCUUGGAGGCAAAUCGGAUAGACUAGAACCUUUGUUGAACUACCUGCUUCGCCUUAACCAUCACGGAGAGAAUCUCAUGAUCAAUGACGAUCUCAACACGGUUGCAAAGCUCCAGAAAUCUCUGAUGCUUGCUGUGAUUGUAGUCUCGACUUACCCAAAACACACACAUUAUGAAACUUUUGCACAAAGGUUGAAGGAGAUGGGAUUCGAGAAAGGUUGGGGAGAUACAGCAGAGAGAGUGAAAGAAACAAUGGUUAUGCUUGCAGAAGUUCUUGAAGCACCAGACAAUGUGAAGUUAGAUUUGCUCUUUAGCAGGCUUCCCACAGUGUUCAACGUUGUGAUAUUCUCUGUCCACGGCUAUUUCGGUCAGCAAGACGUGCUCGGAUUACCAGAUACCGGAGGCCAGGUUGUUUACAUUCUGGAUCAAGUAAGAGCUUUGGAGGAAGAGCUUCUCAUUCGAAUUAACCAACAAGGUCUCGGAUUCAAGCCUCAGAUUCUUGUAGUGACAAGAUUAAUACCCGAAGCAAGAGGAACAAAGUGUGAUCAAGAACUAGAAGCCAUUGAAGGAACUAAGCAUUCUCAUAUUCUCAGGGUUCCUUUUGUUACGGAUAAAGGAAUCCUCCGUCAAUGGGUUUCUCGAUUCGAUAUCUACCCUUUCCUCGAGAGAUUUACUCAGGACGCAACGAGCAAGAUUCUUCAACGCCUUGACUGCAAGCCAGACCUCAUCAUCGGAAACUACACAGAUGGGAAUUUGGUUGCAUCUUUAAUGGCCACCAAACUCGGUGUCACUCAGGGAACGAUCGCUCAUGCUUUGGAGAAGACAAAGUAUGAAGAUUCAGAUGCAAAGUGGAAGGAACUAGAUCCGAAAUACCAUUUCUCAUGUCAGUUCACAGCUGAUUUAAUCGCAAUGAAUGUUACUGACUUCAUCAUUACCAGCACAUAUCAAGAAAUCGCAGGAAGCAAGGACAGGCCAGGACAGUACGAGAGUCACACCGCCUUCACAAUGCCUGGUUUAUGUAGAGUUAUCUCUGGCAUUGAUGUGUUUGAUCCAAAGUUUAACAUUGCUGCUCCUGGCGCGGAUCAAUCUGUAUACUUCCCUUACACAGAGAAGGAAAAACGAUUCACCAAGUUUCAUCCUUCGAUACAAGAACUUCUUUACAAUGAGAAAGACAAUGCCGAACACAUGGGAUAUCUUGCGGAAAGAGAGAAACCGAUAAUCUUCUCAAUGGCGAGACUUGACACAGUGAAGAACAUAACCGGUUUGGUUGAAUGGUAUGGCAAAGACAAGAAACUUAGAGAGAUGGCUAACCUUGUAGUCGUUGCUGGAUUCUUCGACAUGUCAAAAUCUAAUGACAGAGAAGAAAAAGCUGAGAUCAAGAAAAUGCAUGAUCUAAUUGAAAAGUAUAAGCUCAAGGGGAAAUUCAGAUGGAUCGCUGCUCAAACCGAUAGAUACAGAAACAGUGAGCUUUACCGAUGCAUUGCUGAUACAAAAGGAGUCUUUGUUCAACCUGCUUUGUAUGAAGCUUUUGGCUUAACCGUUAUCGAAGCCAUGAACUGUGGACUACCAACGUUCGCCACAAACCAAGGUGGACCAGCAGAGAUAAUCGUUGAUGGUGUCUCUGGUUUCCACAUUGAUCCCAACAAUGGUGAUGAAUCUGUUACAAAAAUUGGAGAUUUCUUCAGUAAAUGCCGUUCAGAUAGUUUGUAUUGGGAUAAUAUCUCUAAAGCUGGUCUCAAACGCAUCUAUGAGUGUUACACAUGGAAGAUUUAUGCAGAGAAGUUGCUUAAAAUGGGAAGCAUUUAUGGAUUUUGGAGACAGGUGAACGAAGAUCAAAAGAAAGCUAAGCAGAGAUACAUUGAAAUGCUUUACAAUCUCCAGUUCAAACAACUGACCAAGAAAGUGACAAUCCCGGAAGAUAAACCUCUGCCUCUGAGACUGGCUUCACUGCGUAACCUCCUUCCCAAAAAAACAACACCUCUUGGAGCAGGAAGUAAGCAGAAGGAAGUCACAGAAGCCGAAAAGACGAAACAGAAAAGUAAAGAUGGUCAAGAACAAAAUGAUGUAAAGGUUGGAGAAAGAGAGGUGAGAGAGAGUUUGCUUGCAGCUGAAGCAUCAGAGAGAACGAAGAAAGUUUUAGAAACUUCGGAAGAGAAACAGAAGCUAGAGAAGAUGAAGAUUGCGUAUGGACAACAACAGAACCAAGGAGCUUCACCGGUUAGAAACUUGUUUUGGUCAGUCGUGGUUUGUCUCUACAUCUGCUACAUUUUGAAGCAGAGGUUCUUUGGUGCUAACUCGGCUCAAGAGAGUUAAAAAGUCUGACCUCGGAUCGAGGAAAAGUAAAAAGUUGAAAAUCUGUAAUGAAUGUAACUACCAUCGAUGUAAAAUUAACUAAUAAAAUCUAAAAUCUAAU